ACUCCUUUAGUUGACUAAACUCUCAAAUGAACCGUUUCUUAUAUUAGAAAGGAAAAAGCAAAAAACGAAAGCAUAUCCAACGGUCCAGAUCUAUCGACCGUUGCAUUUAAAUCCCAACUCAACCCUUUUUUCUUCUUAUUCAAAUUCGACCGUUGUCCAUUUUCAAACCCUACUUCAUCUUCUUCUACUUCUUCAUCUCACUCACUUUCCUCAUUCACUUCAACUUCACUUUCCUAAUGUGUCACUGAAAAAUCUAAUUUUUUUUUCUUUCUAUUCUUACUUUCUCAUUCUUUCUUUGUUCUUUGAAAAUUCCAAUAAACAUGGUGAACACAACAUCUUCUUCCUCUCCUGUGAAAAUCACUGUCUCUUCUGGAGGCAAAACUGGAGGAAGCAGAAACAUGGGUUUAACAAGUCCACUACCACGUUCUUCAGUCUCUAACAACAACAAUUCACCUCUCAGCAACCGUUCAAACCGGCUUUCCGGCGGCGGCGCCGCCAUAAGAAGGUUAUCAGGUGGUGGAGGUAACUAUUCAUCCAUGUCCAAAGAUGAUGUUACAGAAGACACAACAACAUCGGAAUAUGUUUCAUACACAGUUCAUAUUCCUCCAACACCAGAUCGCAUGCCACUUUCAUCUUCACAAACAAGCCUCCCCGAAGAAAACAACAAAAACAACAGUUUCAUCUCUGGUACGAUUUUUACCGGAGGUUUUAAUUCUGUUACACGAGGCCAUGUCAUCGAAUGCUCCAACGAAAGCAAAGAUCUACCGUUAAAAUCUAAACUGAUGUGUGGAAUGAAAGGCUGUGAUGAAGAAGCGAUCAAGGGUUGUACUUGUGAAUGUGGUUUCAAGGUAUGUAGGGAUUGUUACAAAGAGAUUUGUGGAAAUGGAGGUGGUGGUAAAUGUCCAGGUUGCAAAGAUUCUUACAAUAAUGUUAGUGAUGAUGAAGAAGAGGAAGAGGAAGAGGUUUCUGAGUGCGAAGAUCAAGCUCAACCGUUACCUUCUAUGGCAGAAUUCAAGUUGGACAAGAGGCUUUCUGUUGUGAAAUCGUUUAAAGCUCAGAAUCAGAACCAUCCACCUGAUUUUGAUCAUACUCGUUGGUUAUUUGAAACUAAAGGAACUUAUGGUUAUGGAAAUGCUGUUUGGCCUAAAGAUGGAUUUGGUUCCAAUGGUUAUGAACCUCCUCCUGAUUUUGGAAAGAAAUCUAGAAGACCCUUGACAAGAAAAGUUGGUGUUUCUGCUGCUAUUCUCAGUCCUUAUAGGUUGCUUAUUCUGAUGCGUCUUGCUGCACUUGGUUUAUUCCUUACAUGGAGGAUUCGACACCCAAACCAUGAGGCAAUGUGGUUGUGGGCAAUGUCAGUGACUUGUGAGCUAUGGUUUGCAUUUUCAUGGCUUCUUGAUCAGCUUCCAAAGCUGUGUCCUGUGAACAGAGUUACUGAUUUGUCUGUUUUGAAAGAACGGUUCGAGUCUCCAAAUCUGCGAAACCCGAAAGGGAGGUCUGAUCUCCCUGGAAUUGAUGUCUUUGUUUCAACUGCAGAUCCAGAAAAAGAGCCACCUCUUGUAACUGCAAACACCAUUUUAUCUAUCCUUGCAGUUGAUUAUCCUGUGGAAAAAGUUGCUUGUUAUUUGUCUGAUGAUGGUGGAGCUCUUUUGACAUUUGAAGCUCUUGCUGAGACUGCUAGUUUUGCAAGAUUUUGGGUUCCUUUCUGUAGAAAACACCAAAUUGAGCCAAGAAAUCCUGAAGCUUAUUUCGGUCAGAAGCGCGAUUUUCUCAAGAACAAGGUCCGGUUGGACUUUGUUAGGGAGAGGAGAAGGGUGAAGAGGGAAUAUGAUGAAUUCAAAGUGAGGAUCAAUUCCUUACCUGAAUCAAUAAGGAGAAGAUCAGACGCUUACAAUGCUCACGAGGAGUUGAGAGCCAAGAAGAAACAGAUGGAAACCGGUUCAGAUGUAUCAGAACUCAAGGUUCCUAAAGCAACUUGGAUGUCUGAUGGUUCUCUUUGGCCUGGAACAUGGUCAUCAGCAGAACCUGACCACUCCAGAGGUGACCAUGCUGGUAUAAUUCAGGCAAUGUUGGCUCCACCAAAUGUAGAACCAAAAUAUGGUUCAGAAGCUGAUGGAGAGAACUUGAUUGACACAACAGAUGUUGAUGUUAGGUUGCCAAUGCUUGUUUAUGUGUCUCGUGAGAAGAGGCCGGGAUAUGAUCACAACAAGAAAGCUGGCGCCAUGAAUGCUCUUGUUCGAACUAGUGCUGUCAUGUCCAAUGGACCAUUCGUUCUCAAUCUUGACUGUGAUCAUUACAUCUACAACUCCUUGGCCUUGAGGGAAGGUAUGUGCUUUAUGCUUGACAGAGGUGGUGACAGGAUAUGUUAUGUUCAAUUCCCUCAAAGGUUUGAAGGUAUUGACCCCAGUGAUCGAUAUGCAAACCACAACACCGUGUUCUUUGAUGUGAGCAUGAGAGCUCUUGAUGGUUUACAAGGUCCAAUGUAUGUUGGAACUGGCUGCAUAUUCAGAAGAACAGCUCUAUAUGGUUUUAGUCCUCCUAGAGCUUCUGAACAUCAUGGGUGGUUUGGCAGGAGGAAGAUUAAGUUGUUUCUGAGAAAAUCAAAGGUGUCAAAAAAGGAAGAAGAUGAAGUUUCUGUGCCAAUCAAUGAUCACAAUGACGACGAUGCAGAUAUUGAGUCCUUGCUUCUUCCCAAAAGAUUUGGAAAUUCUUCUUAUCUAGCUGCAUCCAUUCCAGUUGCAGAAUUCCAAGGAAGAUUGCUACAAGAUUCCAAAGGAAAUGGAACACAAGGAAGGCCUGCAGGUUCUCUUGCCGGGCCUCGCGAACCGUUAGAUGCCGCUACCGUUGCUGAGGCAAUUAGUGUCAUAUCUUGUUACUAUGAGGAUAAAACUGAGUGGGGGAAAAGAGUUGGAUGGAUAUAUGGUUCAGUUACAGAAGAUGUUGUUACCGGUUACAGAAUGCACAAUAGAGGGUGGAGGUCAGUUUACUGUGUGACCAAAAGAGAUGCUUUUAGAGGAACGGCUCCAAUCAAUUUAACAGAUAGGCUACACCAAGUGCUUCGUUGGGCAACAGGGUCCGUCGAAAUCUUCUUCUCAAGGAACAACGCGUUAUUGGCAAGUCCUAGAAUGAAAUUCUUGCAAAGGGUGGCUUACUUCAAUGUUGGAAUGUACCCUUUCACUUCAAUAUUUCUGAUUGUGUACUGCUUCCUACCUGCAUUAUCCUUAUUCUCAGGACAGUUCAUAGUCCAAUCCUUGAGCGUAACAUUUCUAGUAUUCUUGCUUGGAAUCACAGUCACACUAUGCUUGCUUGCACUGCUUGAGAUCAAAUGGUCAGGAAUCACUUUACAUGAUUGGUGGAGAAAUGAACAGUUUUGGUUAAUCGGCGGAACGAGUGCACAUCCUGCAGCUGUUUUACAAGGCUUGUUGAAGGUGAUAGCAGGAGUUGACAUCUCAUUCACACUAACAUCAAAGUCAGCCACACCAGAAGAUGGAGAAGAUGAGUUUGCUGAUCUUUAUUUGGUGAAAUGGAGCUUUCUAAUGGUUCCUCCAAUCACAAUUAUGAUGGUGAACACUAUUGCUAUUGCAGUGGGAGUGGCUAGGACUCUUUAUAGUCCAUUUCCACAAUGGAGUAGACUAGUUGGAGGGUUGUUUUUCAGCUUCUGGGUUUUGUGUCAUCUUUAUCCAUUUGCAAAAGGGCUUCUGGGAAGAAGAGGAAAGGUUCCAACCAUUAUCUAUGUUUGGUCUGGAUUACUCUCAAUCAUUAUUUCUAUGCUUUGGGUUUAUAUUAACCCUCCUUCUGGUGCAAGACCACAGGAUUAUCUGAAUUUUCAGUUCCCUUAGUUUGAAGAAGUGAAGUUACUCUACUUCAUGUAUUUGUCUAUGCUGUAAUAUUUUAGGUAUAUUUUACUUUCUGUUAUCUUGAUGGUGUGACACUCUCUCCAUAUACUACUAGAGAGAGAAAAAUAGGAAUUUGCAAACUUGGUGCUGUAGUUAGUUAUCAGUCAAAUUCUUUUGUUAAUGUCUCAAAUGACUGAGAUAAUAUCACUUCUCCUAUUUGUCUAAAAAUGCAUUCUAGUAUUCAUAUCACUUUUA